AUGGAUGCUCUUUCUUCAAAACCUAAUCACGUUCGAUCAAUCAGUUUGCCCGGGAGAUCACACCCUACCAACCAGAGGGUUGAAGAGGAGCUCAACAAGCUCAGAUCAUUGGAAGUAUCAGUUGCACCAGCAGCUGUGAGCAAUGGUUUAAUCGGUUUGGAGAAAUUGUACGAGUGCAUAGACGAUCUUCUCAACUUGCCACAAACCCUUCGAGCCCUCUCUCAGACUCUAAAUGCAAAAUGUCUUGACGAUUUAUUGGAUAAAUCGGUGAGGCUUCUUGAUGUUUGUGCCACAAUGCGGGAACUUGUCUCACAAUGUAAAGAAAAUGUAAGAGAUCUUCGAUCAUCUCUCAGAAGGAGAAAAGGAGAUUCAACUACAGAUGACAACGUUGAAAGAUUUACCUCUUUCAGCAAGAAGAUCAAGAGGGACGCCAAAAGAUCAGUCUCGACCCUGAAGCAAAUGGAUCAAGAGACUGCAGUGCCGGCCUUGCUAGAUGCAGAUCAAGAUACAGUAUCUGUGAUUAGAGCACUAAAAGAAGCUAAUGCAGUAUGCCUUUCAACUUUCCAAAUGCUCUCGUCCUUCUUGCGUGUUCCACUUUUGAAGCCUAAGCCAUCAAGAUGGUCAUUGCUUUCAAGAUUGGUACAUAAAGAAAGAAUAGAAUCUGAAUGCCAAGAAGAAAACAUGAGCUUGGAAACAAGGCUGGAAACUUUCGAGGCUUACCUUGACAGGUUUGAAGAUGGAUUGGAAAAGAAUGAGGUCCCGAGUGGAGGCAGCUUCACUAUAAGCUCUCGUUACACAGGCAUCUGGAGAUCUGCUGACACAGUGAUCCUAGGGAUUCAGGGAACUCCACUGGCUUCCCUGACACGCUCUUGA